AUGAAAUUGUCAAGUAUAUUUUUAAUAUUAUUCGCUAGUUUUGCAGUUGCUUCUGGGCAAAUAAUAUCCACUACUAAGAUAACUUCUUCUGUCACAUCCACAUUUUGUAGAUCAUGUAAGACUGCUACAAUUGAAAAAUAUGAUUUACCUUCAUCUUCUACUACCUCAAUUGUCACCCAAUCAUCUACCUCAAUUGUUACCCAAUCAUCAACCUCUAUAAUUACUUCUGAGUUUUGUCCAAUGUGUGUCACAUCAACUAUUCCUUUAUCAUCAACUGCAAUGGCCUCCUCAUCCAACCCAACUUAUUCCUCAAUUGAUUCUACAUUUUCUAGUUCUAGUUCUAUUACCUCACUAGUAACAUCAACUGUUACCAUUUCCAUCGAGUCAUGUUCUGACAAUAAAUGUUCAUCAUCUAGUGUAGCUUCCUCCUCUUCUUCUUCUUCUUCUUCUUCUUCAAGUAUUCCAUCUUCCUCAUCGAUUUAUUCUUCCUCUUCCUCUUCUUCAAGCAUUCCAUAUUCCUCAUUGGUACCAUCCUCAUUAGUAUCUUCCUCCUCUAUUGCUUCUUCUAGCUCGACAAUUGACAUCUUUUCCUCUGCCAUAUCCACUGAAACUACUUCUCCUUCAAAACCUUACUCAGAUAGUACCUUUUAUUCUCCAUCGACUACUGAAGUUGUUACAUCUUCAUCUUCGCAGCCCCAACUGAAUAGUAGUGUUAUUAGCUCCACACCUUCGUCUACUACAUCUAUUCCAGUAAUAUCAGUAAAGAUAAAAACUACUGAAUCGACUUUGUUAUCAACUACUACAUCUACUGUUUGUCCUUCAUGUAAUGUAACAACUCCUAGUUUAGUAUCUACUGUUACUACCCCAUCAUUAACAAUAACCACCAAGUCGUCUGUCUCCACAGUUACUACCCCAUUAUCAUCCACUCAAAUUAGUAGCGACAUAACUACAGGAAACACUGUAACAACCACCACUUCUGUCGAAACUUUCAUAGAAACCACAACAUCUAGUAAACCAGAGGAAAUUGUCACUAAAUCAGUUCCAACUUCAAGUAAUGAAGACUUAUGUCCUGGCUGUAUUAAGACAACAACACUCACUGAAGAGACUUCCUCUACUCAUAGAAGCACUGUUCCUACAGUUGGUAAAGAAAUACAAUCCACCUCUCAUUCUUCCAAAUUAACUACACCUGUUACCUCACCAUCUGUACCAACCUUAGUGGAGCAAACCACAACUUCUCAGUCAAAUACACAAACUUCGCAAUAUAUUAGUGUCUUUGAAGGUGAUGCCACUAUGCUAGGGUAUUCCUUCACAGCUCUAAUCGCAUGGAUAUUUAUUAUUCCGCUAUAA